AUGCCGCCUUCCGAACAAGAAAUAGAAGAAGAAUUGGAGAGACUUCUCAACACGAACGCAGACGAUUUCUUGAAGAGGAUGAAUAGCUUGCACUUAAUACGAUACUAUUCUGACUUCCCGAAAACAAAGCCUGCGAUGCCGCCUUCGCAACAAGCGGUGCAGAGAAUUUUGCGCCUGAGCGGGAAGCAGUUCUUGCAAGUGAUCAAGUAUAUGGACGUAAAAGAACUACCUUCGGAAGAAGAACGUGUAGCGCAAGGAUUCAGUCAUCAUUUUCUACAACUCAUAGCUGAUGCUCAAAAAGUCGCACCGAUCAAGUUCAUGUUGAAUCAAGUCGUGCUUGGAGGUCCCAGUCAAGACACGGAGCAAAUGAAUGAGAGGAAAGACUUGUCGAAUCAGAUGCUGAUGCAUCCUCACACUAUUGGAGCAAGAGCAUGUGGUCUGAUCCUGAAGGGUUUACCACAAGACGAUGAGUCGAAUGCUUGGUUGGAGAGAUACGUUGAGAGCAUACUUAGAGAUGUGAAGAUUGUGGAUCGAAAGUUGCGACUGAAGAUGAUUCUUGAGGGUAGGGUCAUUUGGUGUCUGUUUGGUCUUCAAUUCGGAGAAGAUGGUACCGGACAGUUGAUAAACGCUUCUGAGAUGCAGGUCACUGUACCGUGGACUUAUACGGAUAAGUUGAUCAUAUGUUUAUCUCAACCUCCGAAGGAGAUUAUUCGAUGGGCUCAAAAUAUGCUAGCAGACUCUACAAAGUGGACGACCGACCCAGAUUGUGGUAACGAAAGAAUAGUCAAUAUCAUCAACACGGUCGGCACAGGGCCAGAGCUUUUUCCUCAUGAGGCAGAUCCUAUCGGAGUUCGAGCAACCAGUCUACUUUUUCAGACUGCAGCAAGAUAUCAGGAGAGCGACAAGGCAAUGGAGCGGAUGGCGGCGAAAACGAUGAGGGUGUGGCUCUAUCAGGCCAAAGCUUCGUUGCAUCGCUCAAAGAAUUUAAUGGUAUCUGCAGACUUGGAUUCGAGUGUAUUGAAUGACAAUGAAUAG